UUACUUGCACACAGUGAUGGUGGUGGUUGAGGUUAACAGUACGAUGCAAGAAGAAUAGAUUUUUUGUUUAGUACAAACGUGUGUAGUUCGCUCCUCCAAGGAAGAAGCAACUGCUAAGAAAAUUGCUUUUGCAUUUGGAACAGAAUAAAUGUACUAGUGAGUUGUUACGAAGUUUUAUACGGUUAAAGAGCUGGACGUUAUGUGGUGAUUACAUCUUGGACCCGACGCAAGUUUACAAACUUCCUGAUCCACAUAUCAUAAUGUGUAAUGACUGAGCAACAGCGGGUUACCAGAAUGAAUGCAAAUCGUAGAUUUUAAUGUAUUCCCUGUAAUAACUUGAGUAACUCUUCGCUUAUCCUGUGUGUAAGAUGUCAGCUCAUAAAAGCCAUGGCAACCCUUCAGGCCUGAAGCAGAUUGACCUCGACCAAAUCUGGGAUGAUCUGAAGGAUGGCAUCGAACAAGUUUAUAAUCGCCAAGGUAUGCCAAAACCUCGAUACAUGGAAUUAUACACCCAUGUGUACGAUUACUGUACAAGCGUUCAUCAGCAAGUUAGUCGCCCAACAAACAAGCCAAAGAAAGGACAAGUAUCAAGUGGUGGUGCACAGCUUGUGGGUCUGGAGCUGUAUAAAAGACUCAGAGAAUUUCUAAGAAAUUAUCUUGUCAAUUUACUCAAAAAGAUGAAAAUGGAUGGUAUAGAUCUCAUGGAUGAAGAUGUACUCCAGUUUUACACGAAACAGUGGGAAGACUAUCAAUUCAGUUCAAAGGUGCUAAAUGGAGUUUGUUCAUAUCUGAAUAGGCACUGGGUUCGACGAGAAUACGAAGAAGGUCGUAAGGGUGUGUAUGAAGUGUAUCAAUUGGCAUUAGUAACCUGGAGAGAUAAUUUAUUUAAGCAGCUGAAUAAGCAAGUGACAAAUGCAGUUUUGAAAUUUAUAGAAAGGGAACGCAGUGGUGAGACAAUUAACACAAGACUUGUGAGUGGCGUUAUAAACUGCUAUGUUGAAUUGGGCCUCAAUGAAGAAGAUCCAAAUGCUAAGGGGCGAAAUUUGUCAGUCUACAUGAAUUCUUUCGAAGAUGUAUUUUUGGAAGAUACAGAAAGAUUUUAUACCCACGAAAGUACCGAAUUUUUGCGCCAGAAUCCAGUUACAGAGUACAUGAAAAAGGCAGAGCAGCGUCUUCUAGAAGAACAAAGAAGGGUACAAGUGUACCUUCAUGAAACAACAUUGGAGAGAUUAGCCAAGACUUGUGAAAGAGUACUGAUUCAGAAACAUUUAGAAAUAUUCCAUGCAGAAUUUCAGAAUCUGCUUGAUGCUGACAAAAACGAAGAUCUUGGAAGAAUGUAUCAAUUGGUGGCACGGAUUUCAGAUGGUCUUGGUGAAUUACGUAACUUGCUUGAAAUUUAUAUUGUAAACCAAGGCCUUGCCGCUAUUGAUAAAUGUGGUGAAAUGGCUAACAGUGAUCCUAAAGUUUAUGUCAACACUAUACUGGAAGUACAUAAGAAGUACAAUGCCCUGGUUUUGACAGCUUUUAAUAAUGAUUCUGGAUUUGUUGCUGCCCUUGACAAGGCAUGUGGGAGAUUCAUUAAUAGCAAUGCUGUCACUCGUCAGGCAAACAGUUCAUCAAAGUCGCCUGAACUACUUGCUAAGUAUUGUGAUUUGUUGCUAAAAAAGAGCAGUAAAAAUCCCGAAGAGGCAGAGCUUGAAGAUACUCUGAAUCAAGUCAUGGUAGUAUUCAAGUAUAUAGAAGAUAAAGAUGUUUUCCAAAAAUUUUAUAGUAAAAUGCUGGCAAAACGUCUUGUACAGCAUAUGUCUGCUAGUGAUGAUGCUGAAGCAUCGAUGAUAUCUAAACUAAAGCAAGCAUGUGGAUUUGAGUACACUUCAAAAUUACAGAGAAUGUUUCAGGACAUUGGUGUAUCAAAAGACUUGAAUGAGACCUUCAGAAAGCAUUUGGCUAAUUCAUAUGAACCCCUGGACAUAGAUUUCAGUAUUCAAGUUCUUUCGUCUGGUUCCUGGCCAUUCCAGCAGUCAUUCACAUUUUCUUUGCCAUCAGAAUUGGAACGUAGUGUUCAUCGCUUUGCAACAUUCUACAGCAGUCAGCACAGUGGGAGAAAACUUAGCUGGUUGUACAACAUGUCAAAAGGAGAGCUCGUUACAAACUGUUUCCGAAACAGAUACACACUUCAAGCCUCAACUUUUCAGAUGGCAGUUUUACUGCAGUUUAAUGUAAGUGAAGUAUGGGUAUUGCAGCAGCUUCAUGAAUCUACUCAAAUUAAGCUUGAUUUUCUGAUCCAAGUUGUUCAGAUACUCUUGAAAGCAAAGCUGUUACAGUCGGAUGAUGAUGAAAGUGAAUUGCAGCCAAGCUCUGUUAUCUCCUUGUUUUCGGGUUAUAAAAACAAGAAACUGCGAGUUAAUAUCAACAUACCUAUGAAGACUGAAUUGAAAGUAGAACAAGAGACCACACACAAACACAUAGAAGAAGACCGUAAAUUAUUAAUACAAGCAGCAAUUGUCCGAAUAAUGAAAAUGAGGAAAGUCCUGAAGCAUCAGCAACUUGUGGCAGAAGUUCUCAACCAGCUGUCAUCAAGAUUUAAGCCCAGAGUUCAUAUUAUUAAGAAGUGUAUUGACAUACUGAUUGAGAAGGAAUACUUGGAAAGAACGGAGAGCCAGAAGGACACUUACAGUUAUCUUGCUUGAUUACUGAGCAACCAUUCAUAAUGAAGUGUUCUCUCAUUGUGCAUUUGAUAUGGAGGCGUAUUAUGUGCAAAACUUAAUGUUUGUCUGAGACACUGUUAACUAUAAAAUUGUCAUGACCACAAUUCUACUUGUAGAAAGUGAAAGUAAGAAAUAUACUUAAUCUCUUUCCAUUCCUCUGUUGGUUUUCAUUUUAUAGAAGCAUGGUGCAUUACUUUUUUUACCAUUAUAAUUAAAAGUUCCACAUUUCAAACUGUCAGUUUGUGUGAGAAUGUGUAUUUUUGUUUCCGAGUCUUAAUCAUUAUUUUUUAUUAUCCUGUAGAAUUGUAAAUAAGUGUGCUAUACUACAUUCAAAAUGUUGUAGCCCCCCUAUGUAGUGAAUAAAAUGUGAUGUCGAAGUUGUAUUGUGAACCCAAUUUACAGUUACUGCUUCACCUGUACCCUAAAAAAAUUACUUUGUGUCUACUGUGCAUAUCGUUCAUGUUUUGCUGACGUGCAAGAUCUUAAACGUAACGUAUAAGAAUAAUUAAGUUAAAUAAAUGUGGAAUUUUGUGGUAUCUGUGCUUAUUGUCCAUAUAACAAUAACUACUUUUUGCUGUUGUGAAUGUGUAGCUACAAAAUAAAUGUGAUGCCUGCAAAACACACAGUCCAUUUGAAUAAGAAUUAUUUUGUUAGCAUAAAAAUAUUUUACACACUAUGUGACUUUUCAUUGCAUAGGCCUAAAAACUUUUGAAAUAAGUAAAUCAACAUGCAGCUCUUUUUAUCUAGUGCUUGUAAUGGUUCUCUCAAUGUGAAGACUAAAAUUCUUAAAGUUCCCCAUAUCCCUGUAUGAUGUUGUUGGCUGUUGCUGUUUCCCUUGCUUGAUUUCAGUUCAAAUGGGGAUGGCGUUUUCCAUCCAUAUAUUUUAUAGCUGAUUAAGAAUAAUAUGCUUCUGCCUGAAAAGUAAUGUGUGACAACAAUUUCUUGGGACGUGGAAUCAAGAACAUGUAAUUCUGAUUGGCUGUAUGAGUGAUAUUUUUCUGGUUUAUUGCCCUAUUAAUAGGUGAGUGUUCUGUACUUGGUACACACAAAUGUAUUUAAGUGUUUGUUAGACAUUAUAAAUAAAUGUUGUGGCUCCAUUUGCAUAAAUGUGUGCAACAAAAAACAAAUUGUGUCUUUAUGUGAAAAUAAAUUAGCCAAGAAAUCAAAUUCACAAUAAUUUUUUUAACAAAUUUAUCUGUGAUUGUCAUUUGUUUUGGUGCAGCUUGCUGCCAUAAUGUAGUAUGCCAUUACAAAUUGUGUUACUUUUUAGGCUGACUUUUCUGUUUUGCAGUGGGAAAGUGUUUGCCAUUUUAACACCUGUAACAGAAAUGCAAGUACAGAAGAAAUCCGCUUGCGAUCUCUCUUGUAUUUUCAAUAAGGUUCAUCUUCCUGCUCAGCUUGCUAUAUUGUGUAUGGUACGUUUGAGAUGCCGACCAAAUGGUUCUGUUGUACGCCUCAUAAUUCUUUGUAGCCUAAGAGAGAAACUUUCAGUGGCUCUGCAUGUAUUUUAUGUAAUUACGAUGAUGGUCUGUGCUUUGUCAAGCUACUGGAAUUAGUUUCUCUCCAAUACUUAAUCUAGUUUAUCAUCAUUUCACCUAUUCUUUACUGCACAAGUCAUUUUGCUUAUGUUGCUUUAAAAACUGGUAAUAACACAACUAUUCAUUUAAUUAGAGUUUCACAUGUUUCCAUACACGUAUCACUGUAAACAAAUAAUUUUGUAUUUGCUAUCAAAUAAUUAUCUUAUGUGUUGGAAAAUCAUUCUCUUUGUUUUUAAUGUGUUUCCUCUAAUCCUCUUUCUCCAUAUUACACUCAAAGCUUAUUACGUGAACCGCCUUCUCAAAAACCUUCCUCAGUUAACACCAGCAAUAUAUACAAUAAGAAUUGUAAAUUCUGCAGAAAUAUCCUUAUAAACGUUUCCUUCUUUACAUAAAAGUCUUGUUAUUGUUAUGCAAAAGAAUCUGUUGUCUGGUCUGAUACACCAUAUCACAGCCUGUACAUGAUUCACUGUGAUAGCUUAGUUUAGGAUUACAGGUUAAAUAGAAUGAGGACAUAUGCAUUGUCUGUAAAUGGUCGUAAGAUGUACGUCAUUUAAAUAUUGACCUUUCUGAUAAAAUGGAAUUCCAACGUCCUCGGAUAUGUCCCUUUAUUUCUAUUAUUCUUUCAAGUAAAUGUUAUAGUGUUAAUACUAAACUGAAACAUGAAAGACAUGUAAUUCUUUGCCUUUCAGCACUUAUGUUGAACUGUGUAAGUUUAUGUACUCAUGAUGUGAUCAAAUAAAUGUUUGGGAGCUAAAAAUUUAUAAAAAUCCAAACAUGUUUUAGACAAAUUGAAUAUAUAUGUAUUCACUCUUUAUGUACUGUACAUCUCUUCCUUCAUAAAUUGAUGGGAUAUAGCACUUUGCUUGACUGCUAUCAAAGAGAGUCAUCACCACCAGAGUUUAUAUUUGAAUAGUGUUCACAAAUUUGUUUAGGCAAACAGCAAUAGCUUUAUUUGAAGGUCCAGUUUGUGUUAUUUCAUCAAUUUAAGUGAGAAAUGCUUUGCCUCCACUGAAUUUAAUGUCAGAUAAAACAAAAGUGAUUGAUCGCCUUGCCAAUUUUGUAGUGAAUGUUUCUUGUAUUUGUAGAAGAUUUGGUGGUCUCUUGACUGGCUUGUGGAUAUAAUUGACAUAGCAUCAUUCAGUCCACAAAAUGUUCUUUACAUCUGAAAUCAGUCUAAACGUUAUUCUGUUAAAAACUCUCGCAAGAAGCCUUGUAGUGUAGACUUGUAUAUGCACCUACACCAUAGAGUAUUGAAAGUUCAUACAGAAAUAAAUUCACUUUUAACCUGUUUCAA